UUCUGUAUUCGCGCAUUAAUUUUUUAUUCGAUUUCUCACUGACGCCAUUGUUAAACCAAAAAGGUCUGAAUAAAAUACGAAGCUCAGAUCUCGCUGUCCAAACCCUAAAAGCCAAACAUCGCAUUUUUCCAGCUCUACGAUUUGAUCAGAAAAUUUAGAUAGUCAGAAGUGAUGGCCUGGAGUGACCAUUUAUGUCUCGUUUGUCAUGGAUAAUGAAUUUUUGAUUCUCCUGCCAAUUACUAGUGGGAAAUAUGAACAUCGUUAAGGGUGUGGCUGACCUCAUUCGAAGGACAGCCAGUAUGAGUGGAGAAUCUACUUCGGGGUCAUCAGCUGGGAGGUUCCCUCCUCCUUCUCCAAAAAUCUGCUUCAGUGAAGUCGGUGAUGACGCAGUGUUGCAUGCACUGUGGACGAAAUAUGAAGAUGCUACUGAUAAGGUUGAAAAAAAAAAGCUGUUUCACGCUUUCCUUAAGCAAUUCCUUAUGGUGUCCAAGCACUGGGAACCUGUUAACGCUGGGCAGUUGGCAGAGUCUGCUUCUUUGACUGUCCCUUCUGUGGAAUAUCAAUUGCAAGUUGAUGAUAUAGUUGUUGGCUGCUCUGCUGGACACCCUGCUGAAGUAAUUCUGAUAUUGACAGAAGAGAUCACCAAAUUAACUUCUCUCGUUGUGGAUUUAAAUACUACUAUGGCGCCCUCCAAAAAAGAGUUACCAGAUACUUCCACAAGCUUGAAUCUCCUGUCUGAAGAGUUGAAUGCACUGGAUGCUUUAAAGAUAAUAACCCGUUCAUUGCAUAAUUGUAGAGUUUUUGGCUACUAUGGUGGGAUCCAAAAGCUAACUGCAUUAAUGAAAGGGGCUGUUGUCCAACUCAAAGCAUUCGCUGGUGCCUUAUCUGGUGAAGAAAGUUUGUCCAAUGUUAUUGUAGAGAAGAUGGAACUUUUGCAACAGAUACUUGUAUACGUGGUGUCAAUUAUAUGUAGCUUUAUUGAUCUUAAUACAAACGAAUAUGAAAAGGCUCAGUAUAGUGGUUCUGUAGAAUUCUCUGUCUCCACAUGGGCUGCAUCCUCAAUGGACUCAUCUAGUGGUUUGAAGAUUCCGACUGAAACAAGGUUAUAUUGGCAUCAAAAGGCAGUUGUGUUGGUGAUGGAAGCUGGUGGCCUCAAUUGGUUAGUAGAGCUAUUGCGUGUCAUCAGAAGAUUUACUUUGAAAAAACAGUUGAUGGAUGUAUCACUUCAGUACUUGACUAUGAGGACCCUUCAUUUAGCAUUAUCGGAGAAUCCACGGGGUCAGAGUCAUUUUAAAAGUAUUGGAGGACUUGAAGUUCUGUUAGAUGGACUAGGGGUUCCAUCAAUUAAUGUGCUUUUGUUGAAGAAUGCCUCUUAUAUUGAUGAGAAGAGAGAUGAGAAUCUUUUGCUGAAAGUUUUCCAGCUUCACGUUCUUUCCUUGACAGUUAUGAGAGAGGCUGUCUUCGGUAAUUUGAACAACUUGCAAUUUCUUUGCGAAAAUGGAAGAAUUCACAAAUUUGCAAAUAGCUUUUGUUCUCUUGCUUUCAUGCUUCAAGAGUACAUGCAGAAGUCUGAGGAUUUCUCAAUGCAGGAUGAUUUUGGAAUGCCUGUUAUUGACUUGAUUUUGAAUCGGGUACAGACGGAGCUUUGUUUUCCCCUUCCAGCUGAUGCUUCUUAUUCCCAACUUUGGAAUGAAUAUGUUGUCAAGUUGAGCAGGGUACUUUGUUCUUUCAUAGCUUCUCCAGAAAAUAUUAAAUCUCAUCAUGCCCCUGCCACCAGUGGUCGAAUCGCCAUGGCAAUUUCUUCAGCUUAUAGUGAACUUUCAAUUAAGUGGGCCAUGAGGGUUCUUUUUACCAUCUUCCCAUGCAUUAAGGCUUGUUCAAAUCAAAAUAUAUUGCCGAGCUAUUUAAGGGUCUUCAUCAGUGCUCUGCAGCAUUCUGUUCUUGACGCCUUCAGAAAGGUUCUUGCUUCAUCGCCCGUGUCGCUUGAUGUAUGUAGGGAAGAAAGGAUGUGGGACCUAAUCUUCUCUGAGAACUUUUUCUAUUUUGGAUCAGCUUCAGAAGAAAUUUCUGGAGAGCCUUACUCAUGUAAGGAAGAAGUUGUAGAGAAGCUUGAAACUUCUCCCUCUAGCAGUACUAACAGUCAAAAAAGGGCUACUGGAAUUGAAAUCCUUCAGAUAGAAAUAAUUUCAUUUGUGGAACUUGCAGCAACUUGUAAUGGAAGUGUACAUAAUUUGCCUGAGUUGUCUGGUUUGUUGGAUGCCCUUGAGCAAUGUGCUUGUCAGCCUGAGAUUGCCAAUGUUCUUGCCAAGAGUCUACUUCGUAUAUUGCAACUUUCACCUGAGAAAACUGUUGCUUCAUUUAAGUCACUUGGCGCAGUUCGUCGUGUGCUCAAAGUUGCUUCAAUUCAAGCGAAAGAGUUGAGAAGAUCUGGAAUUAUAAGCCCUUCUCUUGAGAAAGUGCUUCCAGCAUGCAGUGACCGCAUGCCUGAUGCACCUGAGAAGGCUGACACCUGUCUUGAAUGCAUGGGAACAUGCAUGGCUCUGUUCACAGAAUUUUUCUCAAUAGCAGAUGAUGCAAAAAGUUUAGUUUUACAUGAUUCAACUUGUAUUGAUUCUUUAUUUGAUUUAUUUUGGGAAGAAGGCUUGAGAAAUGUCGUUCUCAGCCACAUUCUUGACCUUAUGAAGAUUGUGCCAUCAUCUGUGGAAGAUUAUAAGGCAAAAUUGCAAUUAUGCUCAAAGUAUUUAGAAACAUUUACUCAAAUAAAGGAAAGAGAGAAAAGUUUUGCACAACUGUCUAUCGAUCUAUUGGUUGGAAUGAGAGAGAUGCUCAUGACUAAUUCUGAGUACUAUCAGGCCUUGUUUCGUGAUGGUGAAUGCUUUUUGCAUGUUGUCUCUUUACUGAAUGGUAACCUUGACGAGGCAAACGGGAAGAAGUUAGUUUUAAAUGUCCUUCAGACUCUUACUUGUCUAAUUGCAAGUAACGAUAGCUCAAAGGCUUCAUUCAGAGCUCUAGUUGGAAAGGGCUAUCAGACGAUGCACAGUUUGCUGUUGGACUUUUGUCAAUGGAGUCCAAGUGAAGCAGUAUUAACUGCACUUCUUGACAUGCUUGUUGACGGGAAGUUUGAUAUAAAAGCAAAUCCUCUCAUAAAGAAUGAGGACGUUAUCAUACUCUAUCUUAGUAUUUUGCAGAAGAGCAGUGACUCCUUGCGGAACUAUGGGCUCAAUGUUUUUCUGCAAUUGCUCAGGGAUUCCAUUUCCAAUCGAGCUUCAUGUGUCAGCGCAGGAAUGCUUAAUUUUCUUCUUGAUUGGUUUGCUGAAGAAGAUAAUGAUAAUGUCAUUUUGAAAAUUGCACAACUAAUUCAAGUUAUCGGUGGGCAUAGCAUAUCUGGAAAGGAUAUACGUAAGAUCUUUGCUCUCCUCCGAAGUGAGAAAGUGGGAAGGCGGCAACAGUACUGCUCUCUAUUGUUGACCACCGUGUUGUCAAUGCUGAAUGAGAAGGGACCUACUGCUUUUUUUGACCUGAACGGGAAUGAUUCUGGGAUCUUGAUUAAAACACCUGUGCAAUGGCCUCUCAAUAAGGGUUUUUCUUUUUCAUGUUGGCUUAGGGUGGAAAGCUUCCCAAGAAAUGGAGCAAUGGGCCUUUUCAGUUUCCUUACUGGAAAUGGAAAAGGGUGCUUGGCAGUUCUUGAAAAGGAUAGGCUUGUUUAUGAGUCAGUACAUCUGAAGCGGCAGCGUGUUCAACUCCAUAUUAACUUAGUCAGAAAAAAGUGGCAUUUUCUUUGUAUAACUCAUAGCAUUGGGAGGGCAUUUUCUGGGGGCAGCCUGGUGAGAUGUUAUGUAGAUGGCGAUCUUGUAUCAUCGGAAAGAUGCAGAUAUGCAAAAGUUACUGAAUUAUUGACGAACUGUAGAAUUGGCAUGAAAAAUAAUUUGCCUCAGAAUGAAGAAGAUGGUUCUCUGGACUUGGCACAUGAUAUUUUCUCUUUCCAUGGUCAGAUUGGGCCUAUCUAUUUAUUUUGUGAUGCUAUUUCAUCAGAGCAAGUUCAGGGCAUCUACUCAUUAGGGCCAAGCUACAUGUAUUCCUUCCUUGACAAUCAAUGUGCACCUUUUUAUGAUAGUCCAUUGCCGAGUGGAAUUCUUGAUGUUAAAGACGGUCUGGCAUCAAAAAUUAUCUGUGGACUUAAUGCACAGGCUAGUGAUGGAAGGAAGUUGUUUAAUGUUUCAUUAGUGUCGGAUCAUGCAUUGGAUAAGAAGUCAUUUGAGGCAAUUGUAAUGGUUGGUACACAGUUAUGUUCACGACGCUUGCUGCAACAGAUAAUUUACUGCGUUGGGGGUGUGUCCGUCUUUUUCCCUCUCAUUGCGCAAUCUGAUAGAUAUGAAAAUGAAGAAAGUGUAUCCUUUGAGCAUACAUUACUUACACCCAUCGCAAAAGAACGUUUGACAGCUGAAGUCAUAGAGCUUAUAGCUUCUGUAUUAGAUGAGAAUUUAGCAAAUCAACAACAAAUGCGUCUACUUUCUGGAUUUUCAAUACUGGGAUUUUUAUUGCAAUCAGUUCCGCCAGAGCAACUUAAUUUGGAAACACUUUCAGCCUUGAAGCAUCUAUUUAAUGUUGCAGCAAAUGGUGGUUUAUCCGAGCUUCUUGUGAAAGAUGCUAUAUCUAGCAUUUUUCUUAAUCCUUUCAUCUGGGUCUACACAGCAUAUAAGGUGCAGCGUGAACUGUAUAUGUUUCUUAUACAGCAAUUUGAUAAUGAUCCAAGGUUGCUCUCAACUUUGUGUCGACUUCCACGAGUUCUUGAUAUAAUUCGCCAAUUUUAUUGGGAUAAUGUAAAGUCUCGAUUUGCCAUUGGAAGCAAGCCUCUUCUUCAUCCCAUCACAAAGCAAGUUAUUGGAGAGAGACCAAAUAAAGAAGAAAUACACAAAAUUCGUCUUCUUUUAUUAAGUCUUGGUGAAAUGAGCCUCAGGCAACGCAUUGUGGCUGCAGAUAUGAAAGCUCUGAUAGCAUUUUUUGAGACAAGCCAGGAUAUGACAUGCGUUGAGGAUGUUCUGCAUAUGAUCAUCCGUGCUCUUUCUCAAAAACCGCUGCUUAUUGCUUUCCUUGAACAAGUCAAUUUGAUUGGUGGUUGCCACAUUUUUGUCAAUCUUCUUCAGAGGGAACAUGAGCCCAUCAGAUUGCUCAGCUUGCAGUUCUUAGGAAGGCUCUUGGUUGGUUUACCAUCUGAGAAGAAAGGGCCAAAAUUUUUUAGUCUUUCUGUUGGAAGACCAAGAUCUAUUUCAGAAAGCCAGAAGAAGAACAGCUCAAGGAUGCAGCCGAUCUUUUCAGCUAUUUCUGACCGGUUGUUCAGAUUUCCACUGACAGAUUGUUUGUGUGCCAGCUUGUUUGAUGUUCUUCUUGGUGGUGCCAGUCCCAAGCAGGUGUUACAGAAACAUAACCAAGUUGAAAAGUCAAGAAGCAAAGGAAAUAGCUCUCAUUUUUUCCUUCCUCAGAUCUUGGUUAUCAUUUUCAGAUUCUUGUCUAGCUGUGAGGAUGUGUCUGCAAGAAUAAAAAUACUCAGAGAUUUGCUUGAUCUACUUGAUUCGAAUUUUUCAAAUAUUGAAGCUUUAAUGGAAUAUGGAUGGAAUGCUUGGUUAACUGCUGUUGUAAAUCUUGACGUGAUGAAAGAAUAUGGAAUAGAGUCUGAAAACCACAGUGAAAAUGAAUUGCUUGAGCAGAAUUUGGUGAGGAGCUUAUUUUGCAUUGCUCUUUGCCAUUAUAUGCAUUCUGUAAAAGGUGGCUGGCAACAAUUGGAAGAAACAUUGAAUUUCCUGCUUCUGCACUCUGAGCAUGGUGGCAUCUCAUAUCUCUACUUGCUUCGUGAUAUAUACGGGGAGCUAAUUCAAAGACUGGUCGAUUUUUCUUAUGAAGAAAAUAUUUUUGCCACACAACCUUGUCGGGAUAAUACAUUAUAUCUUCUACGUCUUGUUGAUGAGAUGCUCGUAUCUGAGAUUGACCAUAAAGUUCUGUUCCCGUCAAAUGUUUUGCUUCACAUUUUUCAUGGUGAUUUGAUUUUUAGAAAUCAAUGGGCUUGCAAGCCUCCAACGAAUGAAGAAGGUGUAAUUGAUGAUAAAUGGUGGUAUUUGUAUGAUAAUUUGUGGGUUAUCAUUAGUGCGAUGAAUGGUAAGGGGCCAAGCAAGAUGUUAACCAAAUCAUCACAAUCAGUGGGACCCUCAAUUGGUCAAAGAGCACGCGGCCUAGUUGAAUCUUUAAAUAUUCCAGCUGCAGAAAUGGCUGCAGUUGUUGUUUCAGGUGGCAUUGGCAAUGCAUUAGGUGGAAAACCAAAUAAAACUGUUGACAAAGCCAUGCUUUUAAGAGGGGAGAGGUGCCCAAGGAUUGUUUUCCGUCUUGGAAUUGUAUAUCUUUGCAAAUCUUCUCUAGAAAGAGCAUCACGAUGUGUUCAGCAGGUGAUUUUACUUUUGCCUUCUCUUCUGGUUGCCGACGAUGAGCAAAGUAAGAGCAGAUUGCAGUUUCUCCUCUGGGUUUUACUUGCUUUAAGGUCCCAAUAUGGGAUGUUAGAUGAUGGUGCUCGUUUCCAUAUUAUCUCACAUUUGAUUCGAGAAACAGUCAACUGUGGGAAAGCAAUGCUUGCUACUGCCAUUGUGGGUAGAGAUGAUGCUCAUGACUGGGGGAUUAACUCAAAAGAUGCAGGCUCCAUACAGAAUCUGAUUCAAAAGGACCGGGUCCUUGCAGCGGUUGCUGAUGAGUUUAAAUAUUUGAACACAUUACUAACUGACCGCUCCAGGCAGUUGCUUGAGCUCCGUGCUAGACUAGAUGAGAAUGCCUCUUUAGAAAUGACUAAUAAGAAAGCAUUUGAAGACGAGAUACAUAUUUGUUUGAACACAGUCCUCUCUUCAGAUGAAAGCAGAAGAACUCUAUUCCAAUUUGCUCAUGAGGAGGAUCAGCAAAAUGUUGCGGAAAAAUGGAUACACAUGUUCCGCACCUUGAUUGAUGAGAGAGGUCCCUGGUCAGCUAAUGCUUUUCCAAAUAGUGUGGUAAAGCAUUGGAAACUUGACAAGACAGAAGAUGCGUGGCGACGUAGACAGAAAUUGAGGCGGAAUUAUUAUUUUGAUGAUAAGAUGUGUCAUCCACCUUCCACUGCCUUUAGCAAUGAGGAUACCCUUGCUGUUAAUGAAAACAAAGAUAGUUUUGUGGGCCAUAUUCCUGAGCAAAUGAAGCGGUUUUUGCUGAAAGGAGUGCGCAGAAUAACUGAUGAGGGGAGCUCAGAAUCUGGUGAAAAUGAUGCUGAAACUGGUGCCCAAAAGGUAUCCACAUCUGAGGAUCCUAUGGAGAGCCAAUGUUCAGAGCUAGCCAAAGGCAGCAGUGAUCAGAAGGAUGUUAUGCAAGACAUAAAAGACUCUUCUUCCUCUUCACAAGAGACAGAAUCUAGUGAGGAACUUAUUUCUGUUCCAUGUGUACUUGUGACCCCAAAGAGAAAGUUGGCAGGAAAAUUGGCUGUCAUGAAAAAGUUCUUGCACUUUUUUGGUGAAUUUUUGGUUGAGGGUACUGGAGGAUCAGCUGUUUUCAAGAACUUUGAUGCUUCAAGCAAUUCUGACGUGACCAAGCUUGAAGAGAAGCCCAAGUCUCUUAAAUGGUCCAUACAUGUCAAUUUUGGUCCUCAGAAGGGGGUUUCUGCUGAUAAUGUAGACACAGCAAAUGAAAAUGUGCAUCAAAGACAGUUAAAAUAUGUUAAACGGCAUAGAAGAUGGAAUAUUGGCAAGAUAAAAGCUGUCCAUUGGACUCGGUAUCUGCUUAGAUACACUGCUAUAGAGAUUUUCUUUAGCGACUCAGUUGCACCGGUAUUUUUGAAUUUUGCAUCAUUGAAGGAUGCAAAAGAAGUUGGGACUCUGAUAGUUUCUACGAGAAAUGAAUUCCUGUUUCCAAGAGGAAGUAGCAAGGACAAGAGUGGAACUAUCAUGUUUGUUGAUAGACGUGUAGCCCUUGAGAUGGCAGAAAUUGCCAGAGAAAGCUGGAGGAGAAGGGAUAUAACAAAUUUUGAAUACCUAAUGAUUCUCAACACACUUGCAGGAAGAUCUUAUAACGAUUUAACACAAUAUCCCAUUUUUCCUUGGGUUUUGGCCGAUUAUUCCUCUGAUGUUCUUGAUUUUAACAAGUCAUCAACCUUUCGUGAUCUUACUAAACCUGUUGGAGCAUUGGAUUUGAAACGGUUUGAGAUGUUCGAAGAUAGAUAUCGUAACUUCUCUGAUCCUGAUAUACCCAGUUUCUACUAUGGGUCUCAUUACUCGAGCAUGGGGAUUGUGCUCUAUUAUCUUCUUAGAUUAGAGCCAUUCACAUCACUGCACCGUAACUUGCAGGGUGGUAAAUUUGAUCAUGCUGAUCGUCUUUUCCAAAGCAUUGAAGGAACAUAUCGAAAUUGUCUCUCUAAUACAAGUGAUGUGAAGGAAUUAAUUCCUGAGUUCUUCUACAUGCCGGAGUUUCUUGUUAAUUCGAAUUCUUAUCAUCUUGGAGUCAAACAAGAUGGGGAGCCAAUAGGGGAUGUUAGUCUCCCUCCUUGGGCUAAGGGUUCACCUGAAUUAUUUGUAAGUAAAAAUCGAGAGGCCCUAGAAAGUGAAUACGUUAGCUCAAAUCUCCACCACUGGAUUGAUUUGGUAUUUGGUUACAAGCAGCGUGGAAAACCAGCAGUGGAGGCGGCAAACAUCUUCUAUUAUCUAACUUAUGAAGGUGCGGUCGAUUUAGACAACAUGGAAGAUGAGUUGCAGAGAUCAGCAAUUGAAGACCAAAUUGCAAAUUUUGGCCAGACGCCAAUCCAAAUCUUUCGUAAAAAGCACCCAAGAAGGGGGCCACCAAUUCCAAUUGCUCAUCCUUUGUAUUUUGCACCCGAUUCUAUUAAUUUGACAUCCAUCGUGUCUAGUACAAGUUAUCCAUCAGCUGUAUUAUAUAUUAACAUAUUGGAUUCAAAUAUUGUUGUUGUAAACCAAGGACUCACCUUGUCAGUCAAGUUGUGGUUGACAACUCAGUUGCAAUCUGGUGGCAAUUUUACUUUCUCUACCUUCCAGGAUCCAUUCUUUGGAGUAGGUUCUGAUGUUCUUUCUGCUCGAAGAAUUGGCAGUCCUUUGGCUGAAAAUAUUGAACUUGGAGCACAAUGCUUUGCCACGAUGCAAACACCAACUGAGAACUUUCUGAUCUCGUGUGGUAAUUGGGAGAACAGCUUCCAGGUUAUCUCCUUAAAUGAUGGAAGAAUGGUGCAGAGCAUUCGACAGCAUAAAGAUGUGGUCAGCUGUGUGGCAGUGACAGCUGAUGGUAGUAUCCUUGCAACUGGAAGUUAUGACACUACAGUCAUGGUGUGGGAAGUUCUCCGUGUCCGAGGUGCUGAAAAGAGAGUUCGCAGCACCCAGACAGAACUGCCUCGUAAAGAACAUGUCAUUGCUGAAACUCCUUUUCAUAUUCUCUGUGGUCAUGAUGAUAUAAUUACAUGCCUAUAUGUCAGUGUGGAGCUUGAUAUAGUUAUCAGUGGUUCAAAAGAUGGAACUUGUGUUUUCCAUACCUUGAGGGAGGGAAGAUACAUAAGAUCUUUACGCCAUCCUUCUGGCCAUGCAUUGUCAAAGCUUGUGGCCUCUCGGCAUGGACGGAUAGUAUUUUAUGCUGAUGCUGAUCUCAGUCUGCAUCUGUAUACUAUCAAUGGCAAACAUCUGGCAUCUUCUGAAUCUAAUGGGCGUCUCAACUGUGUUGAACUCAGUGAAUGCGGGGAGUUUCUAGUUUGUGCAGGUGACCAAGGACAAAUAGUUGUACGCUCUAUGAAAACACUUGAUGUUGUGAAGAAGUACAAUGGAGUUGGAAAGGUUAUAACAUGUCUGGCAGUGACCCAUGAAGAAUGCUUCUUGGCAGGGACCAAGGAGGGCAACCUUCUUGUAUACUCUAUAGAAAAUCUUCAAAUGCGCAAGGGUGGCGUGCCUCGAAGUGUAAAAUCUAAAUCUUCUCUAACAUGAUAGAUCUAUAUUCAAUGACAAGAAUCAUGCAGUUGAGCAUCCAGUGUUUCCUUAUCAUAUUUUUCUGAAUAUUCAGCCAUGAUGAUAGCAAUUGGAAUGUUUAAUAGACCAGACUCCUUUUUCCAUUUGAGUUGCAUUUCAAGUAGUUAAUUUUUUGGCAUGGAGGUGGUACCUUCAGCUUUUACGGAGUUUUGUCAACAUCAACAUACAGGAAAUAGCUCAGACACAAUUUGCAAUACACACCAACCUCAAAGGCUCAAAUAAUUUAUAGUACAGGUUUUCUUCCAUAACAUCAGGAGAUGAGCAAAAUGCUGGCUUCUUUAAAAUUUAGUUAUUUCCAUUUCUCUUAUCUUGAGAAGACAAGGAAUAGUGUAUGCACAUAUAUGUACAUUAUAUUCUUAUAGGAUUAGCAUAUAGAAAUAUUAUGUAUUAGUCAAUUGCAUAUCCCUGCUCAUUUUUUGUUUAUGGAUAGAGCAAGUGCUGAUCUCUUCAACAUUGUAUAGAUGGCUAUGUGAAUUGCUGCAUGUACUUUAUAUUAUGAGUUCUCUUUCUCGGAGAAAAGCUAUUUGAAAA